AUUGACAUGACAUUGAACAAAAAAAAAUAAAAAGUAACAUGGCCGUUGCAACGGCGUCAUAAAUACUUUUCUGACAUUGUUUAUAUUUGUUCAACGAAAUCAAGCUAAAUUUAAUCAUAAAAUUGUUAUCUUGUGCUUGUUCCGAGUAUAAUGUAAUCGCAGCAUUAAUAUUCUUGGCUUACCACGUUUGAUGAUGUAUUGAAAUUGCCACACGAUAGAAUGUCAAACAACACUGUCGGCUCGUCGGGGCCUGCUCCCGGCAAAAUACGUGGUCCUGGAAGGCCACCAAAGCGUACGUGUACAUGGUGUGCAGAAAGCAAAACCCCACUGAAAUAUGUUCUGCCCACUGAAAACGGCAAAAAAGAAUUUUGCUCUGAAACUUGCCUGUCUGAAUUUAGACAAGCGUACAGCAAAGGCGCCUGUCUUCAUUGCGACAAUGUUAUUCGCGGUAAUGCUCCUUCAAGCAGCAAGAAUUUUUGUUCUACAUAUUGUUUGAAUAAAUAUCAAAAGAAAAAUGAAAAAAGGACGACCUCACCUCAAUCAGGUAACGGCGCAAAUGGGUCCGAAAAUCAUGGCAAUAAUAAUUCUACGGGAUCAUUUUACGACAUUUAUCUAGAUUUUGAUUGGAAUGAAUAUAUGAAAGAAACUAAUAGUGUUGCAGCACCUCAGGAAUGCUUUAAACAGGCAGCAAUUCCUCCAGUGAAUGAUUUUAAAGUAAAUAUGAAGCUGGAGGCACUGGACCCACGUAACCUGACUUCUACAUGUAUUGCGACUGUGGUUGGAGUGCUAGGUCCACGUUUGCGACUGAGGCUCGAUGGUAGUGAUAAUAAAAAUGACUUUUGGAGAUUGGUUGACGCAGGAGAUAUUCAUCCAAUUGGACACUGUGAAAAAAAUGAUGGAAUGCUGCAGCCUCCCCUUGGUUUUCGGAUGAAUGCAAGUAGCUGGCCGAUGUUUUUGCUGAAGACAUUGAAUGGUGCUGAAAUGGCCCCUGCAAAAGUGUUUCAACCAGAGCCCCCUACUCCUAAAACAAAUAUGUUUGUAGUCGGUCAGAAGUUGGAAGCAGUAGACAAAAAGAAUCCACAGUUAAUAUGUUGUGCUACUGUUGGGGCUGUUAGAAAUGACCAGAUCCAUGUGACUUUUGAUGGUUGGAGAGGUGCAUUUGAUUAUUGGUGCAAGUACGACUCCAGGGACAUAUUCCCAGUAGGCUGGUGUGCAAGAGCUGGGCACCUCUUGCAAGCUCCUGGCCAGAAGAGUGCCACUGCACCAUCUAGAUUUAAGCUACGACCUAGUGGUAUUCCGAACCCUGCAUUGCCUGAAGGUGGGUCUACUGGAGCUAGUAAUUCGAGUAGCCCUGGGACGUCGUCUUUGGCAACAGUGGUGCGUUUACGCAUUCGUAGCAGCUGCUCUGGUGGAAGCAGUUUGUUACCGACUGCAGUAUCCGGAACAGGGCCCUCUGGGGCAGCAGAGGCACUUGUGAAAGAACUACUGAGUGUCCAUCCAGACCCACAAAGAUUGACCCGAGCAAUACUCACAGCUUCCAGUAGCUAUUCUAAUAUAAAUAAUGUGCAGGUCACCACUGGUUCAAAAAAUUAUUCAGUUAAAGUGCCAUCAGAGUUAACAAUGGACGAAUUAAAGAAUUGGUUAAAGGCUGUAUGUGCAGGCGUUGGGUGCUGUGUGGGCAUGAUAGAGCUGGACACUGGAGAUGCCGCUGGUCGGCCAUGUGCGCUCUGUGGGGAGUCCACUUCAAAUAAUGUCACUUCUGCUCUUAAAAGACCUCAAAGUGAGGAUAAGGAGGAGGGUGUGAACGGCACGAGUUCGGGCGCGGGUGGCAAGAUGGCGCGCGUGUCGCCGGAGCGGCCCGAGGUGGCGUCGUCGACCACGGGCGCGCCGCCGCCGCCCGCGGCCGGCGCGCCGCCCGCCGACUGGUCCGUGGAAGACGUCAUCGGGUUCAUCGCCGCCGCCGACCAGGCGCUGGCAGCACACGCCGACCUCUUCAGAAAACAUGAAAUCGACGGGAAGGCGCUCAUGCUACUGAACUCGGACAUGAUGAUGAAGUACAUGGGCUUAAAACUAGGCCCAGCUCUAAAAAUUUGUAAUUUAGUUUCGAAAAUUAAAAAUCGUCGACAUUAUAGCACUUAAGUAGUUAUACAAUAAUUCAAACACUCUUAGAGUCAGAAACUAUAAGUUUCAUAUUUUUAAGGUAAGUGUAUUUUAUUGCAUUUUAAUGAUAAAUUAAUUAUUUCCGUUUUUUCAGAAUCUAAAUGUUGAUCUGAAGUGGUUUUCAUAAGAAUAUUAUUACAUUCAAUCAAUAUAAUAGUAGUAGUCUUACGUGUUUUGUCUAAUUGCACCUUCAAUACAUUAGCAAAAUUUGUGAGUUAUUCCAUUUGCUCAACUCUGAUCAUAUAUUUAAACUGUAUGUAUCUCCUGUUUUCACUGUUAUUUUACCUUGAUUAAUAUUAGUAACUAAGCAUAUCCUUACUCUGGACUUGCUUAUUAUUAAUGAUUCGUUAUUUCUGUAAAUUAUAUAAA